AUGAUGGUUGCUGCUGCUUUGUGGAUACCCUCAUUGCGGGCGUUUCCAAUCCCAAGACCGUUCUUCUUUCCUCGUCGACUUGGCGUGGUCCGGUCGUCCUCUCAACAUGAUAUUGUUAGUGAACCGCCGGAACGAAUUGCCAUUGUGGGGGGAGGUCUGGCGGGUCUGUCGACGGCCUUUCACCUGUUGGAACGGCACCAAGAACAGCGGUUAUUCACACCACUUGCGAUUACUAUCCUGGACAAGGACUCCGUUGGCACGGGAGGAGCAUCGGCAGUAGCAGGAGGACUGGUCCAUCCCCUUUCCCCGCGCGGAAAAUUGGUCUAUUUGGGUGUGGAAGGAGUCCGGGCUACCGAGCAUUUGGUACAGCAAGCUUGCCAAGCCAACCCCAAUACUAAUAGCAUUGUAUUACGCCGAACUUUAUCGAGUGGCAACCUCUGCCAAGCAAGCCAUCAACUGCAACAGACGGCCCACGAACUACCGUCCUUGUGUCAAUGGAUGACCCCCGAGGAGCUGUUUCAGAACACUGCCGUGUCGAGCAGUAGUUGUUUGGGAGGAUUGCGACUAUUCAAUGGCUGUCAAGUCCUUCAUGUACCAUCGUAUUUGCAAGGUGUUUGGGCUGCUUGUCAAUCAAUCCGUGAUUCCAAUUCAGCCUUGUUGUCGGUAGAAUGGAAACAGCAGGAUGUAACAACUGACUCUACCGCCGACUACGAUGCCACCGUGUGGGCGGCCGGAGCAGGCCUGUUGGAUGAUUCCCUCCUACGACAUGUAGACAGCAAAGAACUUCCCGUGCAGCUCGUACGUGGGCAAUCCGUGGAAAUUCGACUCAAGCCAGCUACAAACAAUCGACAACAGGCCCUGUUGAGUGGCAAGUACGUGUCACCAUUGCCCGAUUCGGACCUCAUCUUGGUGGGGGCGACGCAUGAAUUUGACAGGGACCAACCCCUGACACGGGAACAAGUGAAGCAAGAACUCCAGGAACGAACCGAACAUUUUUGUCCUCAUAUUUGGGAUGAUUCUUCUGCCGUCGUGGAACGCAAUACGGAUGGAACGCGAGUGCAAAGUCAACGGGGAAGUCGUGGACGAUUGCCCAUUGUGGGUCAGUUGCAGUCGAGCAAUGACUGGAUCUUUACCGGCUUGAGUAGUCGUGGGCUGCUCUAUCAUGGCGUGUAUGGCAAACUCCUGGCUCAUGCGAUUUUGGAACGUUCAGAAGCUUGCUUGGAGCAGCAGUGCUCUGGUUUUGAUUGGUGGCGGGGGAACGGGGCAAACAAGGGAACGUGA